AUGCAUAUCCUAGGAAUUGCGAACGGAACGCCUGGUGGGAAUUCGGAGAUUUUACUGAAAGCCGCGUUGAGGGCAGCAACUGAAACAUACCCUUCUAUCACCACCUCAUGGAUCCACGUCCCUUCCCUAUGGAUUCCGCCCAGCUCGGUACCCCUCGAGAGCAGCUUGAAUAUUCCUGGAACCCCACGGUCAGUAUCUGAGAUACAGCAAGGCGUUAGGGAUGACCGCAAAGCGGUACUUCAAGCGAUCAUGGCCGCUGAUGCCCUCAUAUUCUCGACUCCUGUUCAGUGUCAUACGCCGGCCGGGGGACUCAAAGCUCUAACAGACAUGAUCCUGGGGCCACAUACUGAUGCUGCUUUGGCCCAUAGGGUUUCUAAAGCCCAAGACUCCGGAGACAAAGAUUUGGCCAACAUACCUUUUGAUCCACAACUCUUGAAACCCCGAGUCGCCGGUUUCUUGGCUGUUGCUGGAUCGACAACGCCUGACCAGAUCACUAUGGUACUACCAACGCUCCACCUCUUGAUAUAUAGCUUGCAUGCCAAGGUUAUCGAUCAAGAGGUUCUUUUGGGAAACAUUAUGCCUGGAGCGGUCGUUUUCAACAACAAUGGUAAAGCUGUUGAACGUGCUGAGCGCUUGGGCAUCAACGUUGCUGGCCAAAUCGGCAAGUCACACGACGAAGCUCAAUACCUCGGUCCUAUACCUCCAGGUGCAUGCCCCUACUGUCACCUGUCCAAAAUCGAUUUCUUCGGUCGCGAAGACAACAAAAUAGGUUGUAUCACGUGCGGGGCAGAUGGCUACCUCAAGAUGGACUCUGACGGCGUUGUGCGACCUCAUUGGAACAAUGACUCUGACCUUUCAUGUAUCACGAUGGCUGGGAAACAGAAGCAUGUGGAUGAUCUUGUCGCAUGGACGAGAAAGGAAACUGAGACUAUCAGGUCAAAUCCAGAGGCGUCGAAAAGAAUCGAUGAAUUGCGCAACAUCGAAAUCACCGCGGCCGUUCCCAUUGGUGGCCAUGUAAUUGAGAGUCUUAAGAAUCGGCACAAGUUGUAG